GCGCGCGCUCCAAGAUGGCGGCGGCGGCGGCGGGGCCCGAGUCCGGCGGCAGCAGCGGCAGCAGCGGCGGCCUCGGCGGAUCCAACACCUUCAAAAAGUCCCUGACUCCUGAGAUGCCAGGAGGAUCCCAGACCAUCCGGAAAGGCCACAGAGGAGUGGAUUCCACGGGGGAAACCACCUACAAAAAGACGACGUCGUCGGCGCUGAAGGGCGCCAUCCAGCUGGGCAUCACGCACACCGUGGGCAGCCUGAGCACCAAGCCCGAGCGCGACGUGCUCAUGCAGGACUUCUACGUCGUGGAGAGCAUCUUCUUCCCCAGCGAGGGCAGCAACCUGACGCCCGCCCACCACUACAACGAUUUCCGCUUCAAGACCUACGCGCCCGUGGCCUUCCGCUACUUCCGGGAGCUCUUCGGCAUCCGCCCCGACGACUACCUGUACUCCCUGUGCAGCGAGCCCCUGAUCGAGCUCUCCAACUCGGGCGCCAGCGGCUCGCUGUUCUACGUCAGCAGCGACGACGAGUUCAUCAUCAAAACCGUGCAGCACAAGGAGGCCGAGUUCCUGCAGAAGCUCCUGCCCGGAUACUACAUGAACCUGAACCAGAACCCGCGCACGCUGCUGCCCAAGUUCUACGGGCUGUACUGCGUGCAGGCGGGCGGCAAGAACAUCCGCAUCGUGGUGAUGAACAACCUGCUGCCGCGCUCGGUGCGCAUGCACCUCAAGUACGACCUCAAGGGCUCCACCUACAAGCGCCGCGCCUCGCCCAAGGAGCGCGACAAGGCCUUCCCCACCUUCAAGGACCUGGACUUCAUGCAGGACCUGCCCGACGGGCUCUUCCUGGACGCCGACAUGUACAACGCGCUCUGCAAGACGCUGCAGAGGGACUGCCUGGUGCUGCAGAGUUUCAAGAUCAUGGAUUACAGCCUGCUGGUGGCCAUCCACAGCCUGGACCAGGCGCAGCGCGAGCGCGCGGCCGCCGGAGCCCCCCGGGACGGCACGGCGACCGGGACCCCCCGCGGGCGGCCGGCGGCGCAGAGAGCGCUCUACUCCACGGCCAUGGAGUCCAUCCAGGGCGAGGCGCGGCGGGGCGGCACCAUCGAGACUGACGAUCAGAUGGGCGGAAUUCCCGCCCGGAAUUCCCGGGGGGAGCGGCUGCUGCUCUACAUCGGCAUCAUCGACGUCCUGCAGUCCUACAGGUUCGUGAAGAAGCUCGAGCACUCCUGGAAGGCCCUGGUGCACGACGGGGACACGGUGUCCGUGCACCGGCCCAGCUUCUACGCCGAGCGCUUCCAACGCUUCAUGUGCCACACGGUGUUCCACAGGAUCCCACUGAAGCCGUCCCCGUCCAAGAAGAGCCGCGGCGGCGCCGCCGUGCCCAGGAGGAGCUGCCAGGGCGGGACCCCGGCCCCGAACCCGGCCCCGAACCCGGCCGGCGGCGACGCCAGGGCCCCCCCGGGCCCCGACGGGGACCCCGAGCAAGGCUCCCGCCCGGACCUGCUCCCGCGCUCGGUGCCGGACGCCGCCGGGGCCGCGCUGGCUCCGUCCCUGUCCCUGUCCCCGUCGCCGUCGCCGUCCCUGUCCAGCCCCUCGCUGGGCAGCGCCGGAGCCACCUCCCCCCCCAGCAGGUCCGUGGGGGUUGAGGUGCACCCGGGCCCUGCUGCAGCUCCCGCAGCCUCCCUGCCCAGCGGAUCCCCCGGGCCCUCCCUGCCCCUGGAGCUGGAGGAGCUGCCAGAGACCGAGAUCAGCUUUUGAACGGGCGCCGGUGGAAUCCCAGCCAAGCCUCGGAAUUCCGGAAUUCCUGCUUUUCCCAGCGCUCCUGGAAAAUCGGGAACGGCCCGAAAAAAAUCGGGA